AUGUCUCAACCAAUCCUGACCGUUUCUUCUGCCACUUCUCGAUCAAAGAAAGCGCAGGUCAAUCUGCUACCAUGCCGCGUGCACCACGAUGGCAGCAUCAACUCGAUCGAGCCGUACUGGAAACCGACUGAAAAUGGAGACAAUCUCAAGACUGCGUACAUAAGGGGCCGCAAGCUGCAUGGCAAGACCGUCAAGCUACCCGCUGGUUACUAUGGAUCUGUAGUCGAGAAGGGGGAGACGAAACGUGAGACGCCCGGAUCAACAGACGCGGUCAACGGAAACUUGGACGACGAGGAACUCGCGGAUCCUAUUGAGAUUGCACCUCUGAGCAGCAAAGCCGAUUUUGAUGAUCUCGUCAUCUGGGGCCACGAGUCUACUGCUGACUCUGCAACGGAUCCAUAUCUGAGAAGUAUGGAGGAAUGGGUAUCAUUUUCUGAACAGCUUCACUCCUACUCUGGUGCGAAAUAA